UUUCGAUUAACCCGAACUCCGCCCUUCCUGCUUCUGUUGGGAUUCCGGUGUCGGGCCGCUGUCUUCUCUUAUCGUCAACCAUCCGGCUGGCCAUGGCGACCAUGACGACUGCUCAAGUCCUGCGCCUCUCCCUCCUCCGGCCUCUCCUCGCCCAGCCGCUCUUCCGCGCCUACAAGACCUCCGCGUCCUCGCCGUCGCCGCACCGGCGGUACCCUCCCCCUCCACCGCACGAGUUCUCGAAGCCGUGUGAGUUCCUGGGGAGCUGGACUCCUGCGGGCGACCCCAGGGAGGCAGAGGCGAGGCUGCAGCGCCUGCGGAGGGACUACGGGAGGCAGGUGAAGCAGCUGCGGCGGGAGUACGCCUACGAGAUGGAGAUCCAGCGGGAGAAGCAGCAGCGCAAGGACGACGCCCGCCGCGAGGCCGUUCGCCUCGCCAACGAGGAGAAGAAGGCCGCCAAGGUCGCCGCUGCCCAGACCCGCGCUGCCGAGCGCGAGGCCUUCCAGGAGGAGUUCCGCCAAACUCUAUUGAAAGAAAGAGCUAAGAAAUUGGAAAGUUGGAGGACGAAAGAGAAAAUGAGGGAGCAAAAGAAGAAUGAAGAGAAAGAGCUUUUGCAUCAGCAGAGUUCAAUGUGGAUUUCAGAGGAAAACUUGGAAAAGAGAAUAUUAGAGGCAAUAGUUGAUACAACACCACUCUAGUCCAGUUUGAGACUCGCCAAGCUGUUGCCAGGUUUGUCACCCUUUCCAUAUUUAUAAAUUACUACACAUCAAAUUGAGUGCUCUCAUUGCUGCUUUGCUUUGAACCCCCUCACCCCACUAUCUUUUUUCUCCUGUUCUCCUUUUUUUCUUAUUAUUUGCAUAUGUCGGGUGGUCGAAGUUCAGAACAUCAAGUAUUAUGUAGCUAAUUAAACAAUUGUAAGUAACAACUAGACUUUUCAAGGGGUUGCUUGCCUCAUUCAAGUGGAUUUGACCCUUUCAAUCACCCUA